AGCCUUUAACACUUGGCCGACGCUUGGCAGUGAACCUUAUUGCUUAAUUUCGAUCGAGCUGAGUAUGGUGGCGGAUGUGGUACCCAAUCAAGUGCGGGUGCAAGCGAGAACACCUCUCGCGAAAGCCUGGACCAUGGAAUCAACCAUGGAAGCUGCCGUAUCGGCAAAUCAGGAAGGGAAAGCAAUAUCAUGUAUGUGAGGUGUGGUGGUCCUAGACAUAAGACGGGAGAGGACUGCACCGACUCUGAAACUGGUGGUGGACAAUGAGAAGUGUAACGCAUCUGCUGAAAUACUUCAAAGGCGGUUCCGAUCUAUCAACAUCGUUUCUAUCCUCUACUCGUUCUCGCAUCAUCUUCGUUCGAAAAAGGAAAGACACUUAAUUUCGGCAAUCCAGCAAUACUAAAAUCGACAACAUGGAUCGAACUCAGCUGCAGUCACUUUCGACGAAUGCUCCUCCUCAACAGCCAACCCAAUAUCAAUACCAACCAGCACCAGUCCAGCAAGCCUCCCAGCAACAACCAGCACCAAAACAAGAUCCAUACGCCCAUAUAAGAGACCUACCGCUAUUCCCCAUUUACGCCCCGAGUGACACUGAGGCGCUGAACAAAGCCUACAACCAAACCAACCGUCGCAAGCUACCGAGCUACGACAUUCACGCGCCCAUUGCGAACACCUCCGCCGCUAUAUCACAGAACCUCCGCACCAAACCCCGCAUAAAUCUCAUCCUCACCCGCUAUUCUACUCCCGAAGACUGUCCCUUCCCCGGCAUCAUCGUCGACGUAGUCGAAACCAGAGGGAUCAGCAGCUGGCAGGGCAAUGGCAUCCGACUGAGGACGAGCAGGGAGUGCUGCAUCCUGGUACGGGACAAGUGGAAGAUCAGACUCAAGGGUGGGUCUAUGUGGGCCAAGAACGCGAACUGGAAGCCGGUUGAGACGAUCAGUGUGGAGGUGGAGAAGGAGAUGGUGCCGCUGGGGAUAGUGGGGCGGUGGCGGAGAGGCAGGAGAUCUGGAGGAGAUUUGAGAAGGAGUUCAAGACGCCGGGGAUACCUGGGGUGGGCGGUGAUGCUAAGAAUUGAUCGAUUGACAACAGAUUGGAUAAGGUAAGUGUUGAUUGUCUAUUAAGAAAUCUAUCUCUCUCUUUCACGGCUA